GCGUUGCAGCACAACACAAGCGACCCAAUCAUGUCUGCCUACUACCAAUUUCAUGCACACAGCCAACAACCUACACCGUCGGCGCCCGGUCCAGUCUCUCACAGUCAUCAUGGCCCGCGGACUCGGAGGGCGCCGAGGCUAUCGGUGUCGCAAAAUUCGCAAAAACAGUUCAGGGGCGUGCGAAGCAUGAAGGAGUUGUCUGAGACGGUCGCUGUCAACAACUUCCGCAGCAAGUUCGAAUCAUGCCGGUCUUUUGAUCUCGAGGACGACAUGGAGUUCUGCCCUGGUUUGUUGACAGAGAGCGAUUUGGUCUCUAUCCACAGCUCAUCAUCAGAGCGAUCGUCCUUGGCAAGCAACUCUCCCGCCCACUCACCAACGCAACAGCCGCAACAAGUCGCGUCGGGCUUCUCCCUCAACUCUUCGUCUCCGCCAUUCAUCCCGCCAACCUACCAGAGCCAACACUCUGGCAACCUCAAACUUCACCAGCCUGCCGCUACUCGCGCCCGCAAUGCCAUUCCGAUCAUCAACCCCCUGACCGGAAUCACCAUGGCUAGCCCUCCGCCUUCGGUUUCACCCGGAUCCAGAAUGCACCAGACUCUUGGUCGCCGAUGGUAG